AGCACCAAAGGAAGUGCUAGACAGUACAAUGGGAUCCCCAGCCUUGUGUUAGACAGUACAAUGACCUACAUUACCAAACCUUUCCCAUUCUGCUAUUUCUACUUGAAACCAGAGAACUCUGAAUCCAGAGAAGGGGAAAAUGAAAAAAAUUGAGAGAAAGACGGAGGUAUCGUGUAAAGAACAAUGGGGAGAAACAAAUAGAAACCGAUAGCAAAUCGAGUAGAAGAAUAUUUGGUACUAUUGAAGGAAGUAGAAGACAGAUCAGUGACCAAAUUGGGUAUUCUUCUCAUUACAGUUAGAAAGAUGGUUUAUUUGAACGAGAUCACGGUUCUUCAAAAAGGGUAACAUAUCCAAAUACGAUGGGAGUUCUUUAAGAGUGUCGGGGUUGAUAUGGAUACAUCAAAUAUGUCUUUCUCUGUCAGCCUUAGACAAAAGCAAGGGUAUGGAGAAGCCGAAACGGUUUUUCAGGCUCAUUUUCUCAAAAGAGAAUUGUUGUUAAUCCUUACAUCUGGCGAAGGAUCCGAGAAAUUCAAGUUCAAGGAAGAUGUAACUCAGUACAUUGGGCUUCCAGAAAGCAAUCCUGACAUUGAUCUCAAUCAAACCUUAGCUUAUCUGGUAGGACAACGUGCCAUUUGGAGGCGGCAACCACGCUUCAGAUAUGGGAAAGUCGAGAAGGCUGGGUCAAAAGGCAAGUGUUUAUUCAAGUCACAAGUGCUGAACGUGGGAAACUACAAGCGUGCAUGCAGGAGCUCAUACAGAACCUAGAUAUAUUGUUGUAUUUUGAAUAACUCAAUCUGAAAAAUGGGUAAGAAACUGUUAUUCUCACACCUUCUACAGAUUAUUUUUUAUAUGCAAACGUACUGAUCAUUUACGGAACUGUAAAUUUUUAUAAAUCUCAUAAAAGAUUCUGCGAAAAGCUGGUAUAAUGAUACAAUUGAUUUCAAGUGGCUUUUGAAAAUUUGAACAUCCAUAUGCACUGUAUCCCUUCAAGCCUUAGUUGUACCUAGUGUGAAUUCAGAGGAAUGAUAUAGAGGGAAACUGGUAUCUUGUAUGGAGGACGUAACAUAAUCCAUUACAUGUGCUGAGUGCAUCUCACUUUGAUUAGCUAUGUCAGAUUUAGCACAUAGCGGCGAAUGAUCAUUUGGAAUUCCAAAGUUAUUUGAUCUAUGUCUUUUGCAUCAGAUUCUUUUGAUUCAGACACUAGUUUAAUUUGUAUAUAGUUGACAUUGUUGUGAUUUACG